UGAGAGGAGGCAGGGACAGACAAAGCAGCGCACGUCUGUGGUCUGUUUGAGCAAGAAGGGUGGCGCCAUGCUCCUGGGAUCACCCAGCACGUUACAAGGGCUACUUCUGACGGCCGCUUUCCUCCUUUCUCCAGUUCCAGUAAAUGCAAUAAAAGAACUCCCUGGAGAAAAGUAUGAAGUGGUUUAUCCCAGAAGACUUCAUCCUCUACACAAAAGAGACGUCAAGGAGCCGGAUCAACAGGGAAAAUUUGAAACUGAAUUGAAGUAUGAAAUGACAGUUAAUGGAAAAAUCGCAGUGCUUUAUUUGAAAAAGAACAAGGAUCUCCUUGCACCAGGCUACACUGAAACACAUUAUAAUUCCACUGGAAAGGAGGUCACCACAAGCCCACAGAUCAUGGAUGACUGUUAUUACCAAGGACGCAUCAUGAGUGAAAAAGUUUCUGAUGCUAGCAUCAGCACAUGUAGGGGUCUAAGGGGCUACUUCAGUCAGGGAGAUCAAGGUUACUUCAUUGAACCUUUAGGCCCCACAAAUCAGGAUGAACAGGAGCAUGCACUCUUCAAGCAUGAUCCCCACGAAAAGAAAGCUAAUAGUACCUGUGAGAUGGAUGACAUAUUGUGGGCACGUGGAUCUCGGCAGAAUAUGGCCCCACCUGCACGCCGGCUGAAAUUGAAAGACCAGAAGGCUUGGGAACGUAAGAAAUAUAUAGAAUAUUAUUUGGUCGUGGAUAAUGGUGAGUUUAAAAAGUACAAUCAAGAUCCAGAGGAAAUAAGGAAGAGGGUGUUUGAGAUGACCAACUACAUCAACAUGCUUUAUAGAAAGCUCAAUACUCACGUGGCCUUAGUUGGGAUAGAAAUCUGGAAUGAUGAGGAUAAGAUAAAGAUAACCCCAAAUGCAAGCUCUACCUUGGAAAAUUUUUCUAACUGGAGGGGGAGUGUCCUCCCAAGGAGAAAGCAUCACGAUGUUGCUCAGUUAAUCACGGCAACAGAACUUUCUGGAACAACUGUGGGCCUUGCUUUCAUGUCUACAAUGUGCUCUCCAUAUCAUUCUGUUGGCAUUGUUCAGGACCACAGUAACAACGUGCUUAGAGUUGCAGGCACAAUGGCACAUGAAAUGGGCCAUAACCUUGGAAUGUUCCAUGACUCCUACGUUUGCAAGUGCCCUUCUACAGUAUGUGUGAUGGACAAAGCACUAAGUUUCCACAUACCGACAGACUUUAGUUCCUGCAGCCGUGUCAGCUACGACAAGUUCUUCCAAGAUAAAUUAUCCAAGUGCCUCUUUAACACUCCAUUGCCCACAGAUAUCAUAUCCAGCCCGAUCUGUGGGAACCAGUUGGUGGAGACGGGAGAGGACUGUGACUGUGGGAGCCCCGAGGAAUGUGCCAACAUUUGCUGCGAUGCUAAAACGUGUAAAAUCAAAGCAAGUUCUCAAUGUGCAUUAGGCGAAUGCUGUGAAAAAUGUCAGUUUAAAAAGGCUGGCGUAGUGUGCAGACCAGCAAAAGAUGAGUGUGACCUGCCGGAAAUGUGUGACGGCAAAUCUGGUACUUGCCCUGAUGAUAGAUUCCGAGUCAAUGGCUUCCCUUGUCAAAAUGGGAAGGGCUACUGCUUGAUGGGCAUGUGCCCCACACUGCAGGAGCAGUGCACCGAUCUGUGGGGACCAGAAACCAAGGUUGCAGAUGAGUCGUGUUACAGCAGGAAUGAAGGUGGCUCAAAGUACGGGUACUGUCACAAAGUGGACGACAAACACAUUCCUUGUAAAGCAGAUGAUGCCAUGUGUGGGAAGUUGUUCUGUCAAGGUGGCUCAGAUAAUUUGCCCUGGAAAGGACGUAUAAUAACUUUCCUGACAUGCAAAACAUUUGAACCUGAAGACUUCAGUGAAGAAAUAGGCAUGGUAGCCAAUGGAACUAAGUGUGGAAACAAGAAGGUCUGCAUCAAUGCAGAAUGUGUGCACAUUGAAAGAGCCUACAAAGCCACCAAUUGCUCCUCUAAGUGCAAAGGACACGCUGUGUGUGACCACGAGCUCCAGUGUCAGUGUAAAGAAGGAUGGGCGCCCCCUGACUGCGAUGACUCCUCGGUGGUCUUCCACUUCUCCAUUGUGGUUGGGGUGUUGUUCCCUGUGGCUGUCAUAUUUGUGGUGGUUGUUAUAGUAAUCCGGCAUCAAAGCACCAGAGGAAUGCAGAAGAAACUCCAGAGGCCACUGUCUACCGCUGGCACCAGGCCAGGCAAACAGAAGAGGAAACCACAGAUGAGGAAGGCUGUUCGACCCCCAGAGAUGAGUCAAAUGAAACUUCAUGCACCUGACCUGCCAGUAGAGGGCAAUGAUCCUCCAGCUUCUUUUCUAAUUACAAAACCAGAUUUUCCACCACCACCGAUUCCUACAGCUGUAUCAUCUUCCUCUUUCCUUUAUAAAGACACAAAAGUACUUCCGUCUACCUUGUUCAAGGAUAAGCCAGUGUCUACACCUCAGGGCUCCAACCCAAAAGUCUGAAGCAACAGCUAAGCUAGGAUUGGUGGGUAAAUAAUCAACUUGGAAGACUGGACAAUCUGGCUAGAAGAAAAAUGUACUUACUUUCUCACUAUUAUUUGUUCUUGAAACCCAAGGAGGUUAACAUUUCUUGAUUCAUGUUAUGCUUUGAAGAGAUUAAGCAAAAUUUUUCAAGAGAGAUAUACUCUUGAGGAUGUUAGUAUGAAUUUAAAAUUUCUAUUCUUUAUGCUAAUGGAAAGGAAGAUGACUAAAGAAACAGCUGGGAAACUGAGAUCUCUAAUUAGAUUACUUUCUUAGUCAUUCCUCCCCUCUUUUCUUUACUGUGAUGUUAACUAAUAUUUUGAACACGUUGAUAUUAUCAUUUGGUAGAAAUUAAUUCAUCCUCUAAUGAAAACAAAACCAAGGAAUCGCAGGAAACUGGAAGGGAUAGAAAAUUGUACAUUCAUCAUUAGAUGACUAGUAACAUCUUGAAUCUUUUAACCAUUAUCUUGUCAAAUUAGAACCUUCUGUUAAGAAGAACAUUAUAUAAACAUUCUCUGAUUUAUAUAAUAUCUCUUUCCUACAUGUCCUUCUGUAAUCCUUAUUAGCUAUGUCAUUUGAGGUUUAAUACAAUUGAAUAAAGUUUAUUAAUUAAA